CAGAAAAGAAGUCUCGGGCUUUCCCAGAGGACUUGAAAGACAUUUCCCGAACCAGCGACACCAAUUCUGCUGCAGGAAAAUUCCCUUCUCUUUUUCAACUUCACGUUGGGAAAAUGACUUUCUCUUCCACAUCUCAAUUUCCCCUAAACUUUGGCAAUUGAAGAGACAUCAGUCUGGCUAUCCAAUAGGACAGAAGGCGGGGCCCCGCACUCCCACUACAAACUUCGAGCCACACGGUUGUUCUGUGCAUGACUUAUUUGCUAAGAAGAGCCAAGUUUCAGAGCGGCUCCAUACACCAGCCCACGCACACGUCCUGAGCGGACCAGAGAGCUCGGCGCCUCCCUCUUUCCGGCGGGGAAUGAAGUCCUGCAAGCCCAGCAACCCGGCGGCGGGAGCGCGUGCCGCGCCCCCGUGCGCGGGCGGCGCCGAGUGCGCGGGCACGUGCCCCGGGGAGGGGCGGCUGGAGAGCGCGGCGCGCAGGCGCCUAGCGGCCAACGCGCGCGAGCGCCGCCGCAUGCAGGGGCUCAACACGGCUUUCGACCGUCUGCGCAGGGUGGUACCCCAAUGGGGCCAGGAUAAAAAACUGUCCAAGUACGAGACCCUGCAGAUGGCGCUAAGCUACAUCAUGGCUCUGACCCGCAUCCUGGCCGAGGCAGAGCGAUUCGGCUCCGAGCGGGACUGGGUCAAUCUCCACUGUGAGCACUUCGGCCGAGACCACUACCUUCCGUUCGCGGGCGCGAAGCUGCCGGGCGAGAGCGAGCCCUACGGCCAAAGGCUCUUCGGCUUCCAGCCCGAGCCCUUCCAGAUGGCCAGUUAGGACGCGCGACCCUGCCGGAAUGAGACGCCCAGGGAUCCGCGCUCUGGAGCCGUAACCUUACCCCAAGUAGCUGGUCGGGCUAUCGGUGGCGUAGGAUGCAUUCUUAGAAUAAAAUUAGCAAAUUUCCAGGUUACUUUUAUUCGCAUCUCCAGUCCUAGGGACGCAAUGACUUUAUUGCUUUUCUUUUAUUCCUCCUUAGUAUGUUGUAGAUUUCAUUAAUGGAUCUUGGAAUGGUUUUGAUUGCUGAAAGUAAUGCCCCCUCCCCCUUUUCUGGACUACCUUGAGAGAAAACAAUCUUAAGAAAAAUAGGAUUAGGUUAUACUGCAGGUUUAGUCCUCACUUUCUUAAACUUUGUAGGUUUGUCCUGUUAGGGUGAAGUUACAGUAUCUAUUACUUGUGUAUGCUUAAUACAGAGCUGCCUUCCUGUCUUGUAAAUGCAGUUAUGCUUAGUGCAUUGUGUGUGCAUGCAUGAAGCAGUAGAAAGUUUUCUUUCUUUCCUUCUUUUUUUG